AGGAGCCCUAAGCCCUGAUGCAAGCAGCGGGCUGGCUCUUGGGAAGAGUCCAGGAGAGGAGCUGGUACACCUGUGCAAGACUGGAGGGGAGGAGCCGGUACACCUGUGCAAAACUGGAGGGGAGGAGCCGGUACACCUGUGCAAGACUGGAGGGGAGGAGCCGGUACACCUGUGCAAGACUGGAGGGGAUGAGCCGGUACACCUGUGCAAGACUGAAGGGGAGGAGCCGGUACACCUGUGCAAGACUGGAGGGGAGGAGCCGGUACACCUGUGCAAGACUGGAGGGGAGGAGCCGGUACACCUGUGCAAGACUGGAGGGGAUGAGCCGGUACACCUGUGCAAGACUGGAGGGGAUGAGCCGGUACACCUGUGCAAGACUGAAGGGGAGGAGCCGGUACACCUGUGCAAGACUGGAGGGGAGGAGCCGGUACACCUGUGCAAGACUGGAGGGGAGGAGCCGGUACACCUGUGCAAGACUGGAGGGGAGGAGCCGGUACACCUGUGCAAGACUGAAGGGGAAGCCA